AUGUUUUGUUCGCGAUUUUGUUUCAAGAAUUCACGACUUACAAGUCCUACAUUAUGUUUUCCUCCUUGGAUAAAAACUUUACAACCAAGAACAGAAAUUCAUGGGUGUAGACAAGCCUCUACAGCCACCGACAGUUCUCUAAAAGAACAAAUUGAUCCUGAUUUAAAAAGACUUGGACGCCUUCGGAAUAUUGGCAUUAGUGCUCAUAUUGAUUCUGGAAAAACUACUUUAACAGAAAGAGUUUUAUAUUAUACUGGGCGAAUCAAAUCUAUUCAUGAAGUACGCGGAAAAGAUGGCGAAGGUGCAAAAAUGGACAGUAUGGAGUUAGAGCGUGAACGCGGAAUUACCAUUCAAUCUGCAGCGACUUAUUGCACUUGGAAAUGGGGAAAUAAAGGCGAUUAUAAUAUCAACAUUAUUGAUACACCUGGACACGUUGAUUUCACUAUUGAGGUCGAACGUGCCCUUCGGGUUCUUGAUGGUGCCAUUUUAGUGUUGUGUGGUGUCUCGGGAGUUCAGAGCCAAACGAUUACCGUUGAUCGUCAAAUGCGUCGAUAUAAUGUCCCUCGACUUUCCUUUAUAAAUAAAUUGGAUCGUAUUGGUGCGAAUCCAUUCAAUAUCAUUGAUCAGAUACGACAAAAGUUGAAAAUUCCAGCUGCGGCUUUACAGAUUCCUAUCGGCGUCGAAGAUGAAUUUAAAGGUGUCGUAGACUUAAUCCGUUGGAAAGCAUUAUAUAAUGAAGGAAAUCGAGGUGAAACAAUUAUCGAAAAAGAAAUUCCAGAAAACUUGAUCCCGUUCGCCACAGAGAAGAAACAAGAAUUGAUUGAAAAUCUCGCGGAUGUUGACGAUCAAAUUGCCGACAUCUUUUUGAUGGAAGAAACUCCCACUCAGACGCAAAUAGUUGAUGCUAUUCGACGCGCCACAAUCGCAAAUAAAUUCACGCCUGUUCUGAUGGGAUCUGCUUUCAAAAAUACCGGGGUACAGCAUGUCCUCGAUGCCGUCUGCGCAUACCUUCCCAAUCCAUCUGAAGUGCAUAAUACCGCGCUUGAUAUUCGACAAAAAGAAGCGCCUGUUGAUCUUAUACCUUACACGAAGAAUCCCUUCGUCGGUUUAGCAUUUAAAUUAGAGGAGGGAAAAUAUGGACAAUUGACAUAUCUUAGGGUAUAUCAAGGGUCGUUAAAAAAGGGUUCUUUUGUUGUCAAUACAAAGACUUCGAAGAAGGUUAAAGUACCAAGGCUUGUACGAAUGCAUUCUAAUGAAAUGGAGGAUGUCGAAGAAGUUGGAGCGGGUGAAAUAUGUGCCAUGUUUGGUAUUGAUUGCUCCUCGGGAGACACAUUUACUGAUGGUACUUUAGAAUAUACAAUGACUUCAAUGUUUGUUCCUGAUCCGGUUAUUUCACUUGCUAUAACUCCAAAGGUCAAGGAAUCAGUUAAUUUCUCUAAAGCACUUAAUCGAUUUCAACGAGAAGAUCCAACUUUUCGUGUUUCGAUUGAUCCCGAAAGUAAGGAAACUAUAAUAUCGGGUAUGGGUGAGCUUCAUUUGGACAUUUAUGUUGAACGGAUGCGGCGAGAAUAUAAUAUCGAUUGCAUCACUGGCAAGCCUCAAGUCGCAUUCAGGGAAACAAUCACAGCACCCGGUAAAUUUGAUUACACACACAAAAAACAAACAGGCGGUGCUGGACAAUACGGUAAAGUUAUAGGUUUUAUUGAACCAAUGCCUGAAGGAGAAGACGCGGAAGACAUUCCAGAUUUUGAAAGUCGAGUUACGGGUGGGAAUAUUCCUAGUCAAUUUAUUCCCGCCAUCGAAAAAGGUUUCCGCGAUGCCUUAGAAUCCGGAACUCUAAUAGGUCAUCCCGUGAAUGGAGUAAGAUUUGUCCUUGAAGAUGGUGCAUUUCAUGCGGUCGAUUCUUCUGAACUCGCUUUUCGUCUUGCCGCCCAAUAUGCAUUCCGUGAAGCUUUUCAAAAAGCAAAACCCGUCAUUUUGGAACCAAUUAUGAAUGUAGAAGUUACAGCCCCAAUCGAAUUUCAAGGAACGGUGAUCGGAAAUCUUAAUAAACGCAAGGGAACUAUAUUAGAUACCGAAGUCCAAGAGGAUCAUUUCAUUGCUACAGCUGAAGUUUCCCUUAAUAAUAUGUUUGGAUAUUCAUCAGAUCUGAGAGCCGCUACACAGGGAAAGGGAGAAUUCUCCAUGGAGUAUAAGAAGCACGAACCCGUUUUUCCCAAUAUACAAGAAGAAUUAGUAGCCGAAUAUAAAAAGAAAAGAGCAGCGGAAAAGAAAUAA